AUGAAGCUCGAGGAAAGUGUUGCCAAUGACACAGCAUCUAUGUUCACCUCCGGGUUUCUCGCAGAUGUAUAUAACGAGAAGCCUAUAGGAUCUCUAGGAGUCGAUAGAAUCGUAACGCGUUUCCCGCCAGAACCAAACGGUUUUCGUCACCUAGGACACAGCAAAGCCAUUGCCAUCAAUUUCGGCUUCGCAGAACAUCACGGUGGAGAUUGUUAUUUACGCUAUGAUGACACGAAUCCUGCCAAAGAGGAGGAGAAGUACUUCAUGGCUAUUGCGGAUAUCAUUCAAUGGUUAGGUUUCAAACCAGCCAAGAUUACGCAUUCGAGUGAUUAUUUUGAUGCCCUCUAUGAGCUUGCGGAGGACUUGAUCAACCGUGACGGUGCUUAUGUCUGCCACUGCUCUAAAAGUAAAACUGCCCAGCAACGGGGAGGCAGCAAAGGCGCUACCCCUCGCUACGCUUGCUCUCAUCGAGAUCGUCCAAUUGAUGAAUCACUUACCGAAUUCAGAGCAAUGCGCGACGGCAAGUACGGAUCCCAGGAGGCAUUGCUUCGCAUGAAACAAGACCUCGAAUCCGAUAAUCCACAGAUGUGGGAUUUGACUGCAUAUCGUGUCAUUGCACCAUGCAAAUCCGAUACCAAGGACCAGCCAGCCAGCGAGUAG